AGUAUGUGAAAGAACCCAUUGGACCUAAGAUCUUAGGUAGCCCAAUAUUUUGUACUCUGGAAAUGAAACCCAAGAAACUGAGUUUAAAAUUGGCUUCCUCCUUAACCUAAAGCCGUUCGUGGAGAGGCGCGAGGGAGAGAAGAUGAAAAUCUUUGUGAAAAACCUAACCGGCAAGACCAUAACUCUCGAGGUCGAGAGCAGCGACACCAUCGAAAAUGUCAAAGCGAAGAUCAAAGACAAGGAAGGUACUCCGGUGGAUAAACAGCAUCUCCUCUUCGCUGGAAAGGAGCUCGAAGAUGGCCACACCUUAUCUGACUACAAUAUCCAGAAAGAGUCUACACUCCUGUUGGUGGUCAGGCGGAUGGGAACUCAGCGAGCCUUCGUUGAUGACCCUGGCUUGCAAAUACAAGCAGGACAAGAUGCUUUGCCGCAAGAGUUAAGCUCGUCUUCAUCCAUCAUCCAAGGGCAGGAACUGUAGGAAGAAAAAGUGCGGUCAUGGCAACCAGUUGAGGCCUAUGAAGAAGAUCGAGUAAAUUUUACGGUGGAAUUGGAGACAUUAUUAUUAUUAUUAUUUGCUUCGGUUAUUUCCUCUUGAAACCUACAAGAUUUUUGGAUUAGCAAGCUUUUAUUU